UACUAGAAGCUCUGUGAUAAUGAUGUGCAUUGCGGCCAUUCUGCUGCUUACUUUUUCAACUGGGAUUGUUGUAAUUUUUGGUUGCGUUUACGACACAAGGCUUAAAAUCAGGAAACUCCGCAUUCCAGAUGCCUUGAUCAUUUUUCCAGGAAAUAACUGUGUCCUAAAACUAAUCCCUGAGGAAUUCCAAAAAAUUAUACAGACCUGGCAAAAACAACUAGCGGACAAUGAGGACGGUGUUUCUGUCUCAGAGGAGGAUAUCGAGUAUGGCUCUCAGUUCUACCAUCAGAGGGAAAACCUAGAGCAAGCUGAGGCUGAGACAUCAAAUCAGUGUUAUAAGUACACAUCAGCUACUUAUCUGGAACUUAGUGAAGAAAGUGUAAUAUCCGAGGAGGAGGAGGAGGAGGAUGAUGAUCAUGAUGAUAUGCAUCCAGUCACCCCAGUGUCUUUAUGUACUUCAGAAUCAUCCAAAUUUCUACAAGCAACUACUGUGAACACGUUUGUGAACUCCGAGAUGGAUAGAUAUUGUGCAGAGGAAACUCCCUGUUCUUCUGGGAAUGGCUGUGAAAGCGAAGUGCCUGCUGAAGAGGAGGAGGAGGAAGAUGAUUUGUUGGCUUAUUACUCAUCAGAGAAUGGCUACGAGUAUGAACCAAGGCUUCUAAGGUGAAGUCAGCCACCAAAUUCAAGCAAAAAACAUGCCACACUGAGCAACCCAAGUAGAUAUGCAAAACUUGAUGAUGGCAUAUUCAGUUGAGCAGACACUGGCAUAGAAAUGAAAUGGGGUCUAUUAUACCUGAAGGAGAGAACUAUGCGUUAACAUUCCCUUUUCUCUCAAAGGCAGUUCAGAGUUCAGAACUAUCGUCUGCAUCAGGAACUCUUGGAACUAACAUUUAUCAUGCUAUGCAUAUGAAGACCUGUUUAGACACUUAUAUAUGUGACAUUUGGCCCUUGUUGGUUAAUGCCCACUUUGUCGCUCAUUGCCCAGCUUUGAGUUGAGGUACUACAUUACCAAAACGAUUCUUCUGUGGCACUACUGCAAUGAUGUUGAACAGAUUUUGGACACAAGAAAGCAUGCCGACUUUAGAAAUAAGAUGGAGCUGCACAUUCUGCAACUCGUCACGUGACUAACCAUUUUGUAAACGAAUUGCCGUUUGGACACGUUGACGGACUCUAUAUAUGGACAAUCGAAUCUAUUAUUUAUUCUGUGUUGAAAAUCAUACAAAACGCAUACCAUAAUUGAAAAUUAUUGAGUGUGCGUGCAUACACAUUUACACAAAGUGGCUUUUAAAAGUCUGAGACCACUAUGGUGAAAAAAAAUUUGUUCCAGCUUUUAAAUGGACCAAUAUUGUAUUUGAAUGUGGUCUUUGACUUUUGAAACACUAUGGCCUGUUUUUUUUUACAGACAUUGCUUAGAUUAAGCCAAGAUUAGGACAUUUAAGUAAGUUUUUUAUACAUUACUGAUGCUAAGUAAAACAUCAUUUUCCAUCUUGAGACCAAAUAUUGAUUUGAUUUAAAUAACAAGUUAACUGGGAAACUUUGGUAACACUUUACAAAAAGGUUUCAUAGUUAACUACAUUCGCUUACAUGAACUAACUAUGAAAAACACUUCUAAAGCAAUUAUUAAUCUUAGUUAAUAUUAAUUAAAAUAUUUACUUAAUAGAUUUGUAAAAUCAAAAGUUCUGUUAACAUUAUUUAAUGGACCUGAGCUAAAAUAAACUAACAAUGAACAGUUGUAUUUUUAUAAACUAUCGUUUACGAAGUAUUGCUCCUUGUUUUUAGUUAAUGUUAGUUAAUGAGACCUUAUAGUAAAGUGUUUCUGAAACUUUUAAUUGUGUUAUUCACAAGCACUUAGUGAAUUCUCAGUUUCUUAUGUCUCGACCUGAUAAUACUGAGAUCAGAUUUGUGUUUGGGCUAUUAUCUUGUGAUGUAAGAUUCUUUGUUCA